GAAAGGAUGAAUGUGGCAUAGUGGUUUGUUAGUGCAGACGUGUAGACGUUUAGACGUUUUCCUCGGGUCCUGCGAACUUCUAUUGAUAGGUCGUUCCCUUCCGUGGCCUUUGCCAGUCUCAAUAAAUGUUAUUGAUUGUCUACAUAACACAAUUGUCUUUGUAACAAAAGAGCAACUGUGGCUUGAACUUGUGUCCUUGUCCGAACGAGGGCGAGCUGAUAACUGAGGCACGAUCCAGAAACAGUUGUGGAAGCUUCACUAGACGAGUGAGAAGUUUGUCCGCGCUGGGUUACCCUACACUCCGUAGCUUUGCCUUAUGCUUUGUCUCUUUGAUGAACUGAGAUAGUUUUAGAUCUUAGUCGAAACGGAUUGAAUCGGACUUUUUUUGCUAUCUUCGUGUGUCGAACUAUGAUGAAUACUAGUAGUAUUAAAUACUUGACUGGAUAAGGCUAUGUAAAAAGAACAGACAACGCAAGUUGACACUUUACUGUCUUGUUUGCUCAUGUGCAUCAACAAACAACACUGCAGCGUACAACAGUGUGCCUACAGUGACUGUGUUGAGCGUGCUCUGGAAGGCUGUGUAUCAUGAGGCUCUGACCCUAGGAACAGCCAUGACAGAGCUGGAGAUCGAUCAGUCCCACCUGCCGCGUGUACAGGAAGUGUGCCAGUGUUUUGCAGUGCUGGAGGAUGGUGCCUUGGCACACAACUUGCAGGAGCAGGAGAUUGAGCAAUACUACACCACCAACAUCCAGAAGAACCAGCUGGUGCAGAAUGACAUUCGCAUCGCUAAGAGACUCCAGGACGAGGAGGAGGAGCAAAGAGCCCAGCAGAGAGCCAGGCUCAGCCAGGCAACGAGACGACUUGAGGAGCAGGACUCUGAGUACGCCCGUAGGAUCCAGGAGGAGAUCCAGAGGUGUGCUGACGAGGAGGCUUACAGGAGGGAGCAGGAGGACGAGGAAAUAGCUAAACGGAUCCAGGAAGAGGAGGAGCACAGAGUGAGGCAAAGGAGCAGUGUGCAGGAGAGCUUUAGUGAAGAGGGUGCCAGCGACCCUGCCUCAGCAUCCCCACGCCAGCGCCCCCUCUCCAGCCCGCCCCGCACAGGGCAGCACCAGCCGCCCUCCGCCAGCAGGUGGCAGUCUUCUACCUCUCACACACACUCACACUCUACGGCGCUUUGGGCUGACUCGCCCAGACCAGCAGAGGCCCAGAACAACAGAAUAUUCAGGUCAAACAAUGACCACACAGCCUCGUUUAGGCGAAUCAGGAAUGACCUUAGAGAGCCCGGCUACCUGAGUGAUCUGACGGCCUCUGAGGAUACAGACACAGUCAUCCCUGCACAACUCACCUCCAGAGCCCUCAGACCGGAGAAACGUCUCAACACUGCCAGCAGGGCCCACCAGGAUCGUCUGCACGACCCAGGGCAGAGGGACUGCAGGGGUCUGCAGGACAGCUUCAGAGGGAAGCGUAGGGCCUGGGGGGACUGGGAGGGGGUCAGGGGGGAUCUGGAAGGGGGUAGGAGAGAUGUGGAGGAGAUGGGAGAGAGUCAGGGGGGAUGGGGGCACAGAAGGGACAAUGAGGCGGGUGACAGCAGUUAUGAGUCACACGGGAUGAGAGGGCGGUCCCGUCAUAGCGGUGACUUGGCCAGGAGAGUGAAUGGAGAUGAGGCCAGAGACACUGAUGAAGUCAGAGACGGAGGCAGUCUCAGAGACAGAGAUGGAGGCAGUCUCAGAGACGGAGGCGUUGAAAGGGACAGAGACGGAGGGAGGAGCUGGACCUACAGAGAGGGAUCAGACAGACGCGUCCACUUUCAGGAUCAGUCGAAGCGCUGCCACAGUUACCACGGCGACCGCAGCAGCCGAGUGUGGGAGAUGCUCGGACAGGUCCUGAGAGAGAGGGGCGUGGCUGUGAGAUUCCAGAGUGGGUCACUGCAGGUCAGGCGUCAGGCAAGGGACAGCCUGGUGCUUGAUGGGAGUGAUGUCUCAUAUAGUGACACCCAAUCACAACAGAGGGUUUUCCAGAGGGCCACACCCAGCAGGCGCAGUUACCAUGGUGAUGGAAGGGAAAGGAGAAAACCGUCACACAGGGGGGAGAGAGACGGAGGUUCUGGAGGAGGCCCCACCGGGGACCAUGACAACACUCCGAGAGAGGAGCAUUGUGGGCCAGAGUUCUGGGAGGAAGAGCAGAGUUGGGGCGGGAUCAGAGAGAGAAGCGGAAGCCAGAGGAGGAGGAGAGACGGGGCCCGCUCAGGGAGGCCAGAGGAGAAGCCAGAGGAGAGGCCAGAGGAGAGGCCGCAGGGCAGGCGGGACCUGAACGAGCACACAGUCAGGAGAAGUGUGAGUGAACGCUGGCAUGGGCACAAGGAGGAGGAGGAGGAAGCGUACUGCUCAGAGGAGGAGCAGGAGAGGAGGGAGGAGAGGCCCCGGAGCCUCGCAGUGCAGCGCAGCCAAAGCUUCUGCAGCCGAGGCGCCUCAACCAGGGCUAGGGCCAGGCACGGCGGAGCAGGGGCGGGGCUGAAGCCUGAGGGGGCGUGUCUGGAUAUGGGGGAGCUGCAGCAGGUGCUGUUGGAUGAGGAGCUGGCCCGCAGGCUGCAGGAAGAGGAGGAGAGACUGCUCAGGGGGAGUCCCCAGCCUACACCCUCUCCACUUAACUCUUACCCAGAAGGAGACUUCAGAGUUGCACAAGUGGCUCAGGAUGAGGAAAUUGCCCGCUUCAUGCAGAAGCAGGAAAUGAAAUCAAAGCGCCAGUCACGUGAGCUGGAUGUGUCCGAGUCAUGGCGUGGUCCCAGAGAGCCGUCCCACCCCCAAGACAGGAGACCACCCAGGGAGAGACAGAGAGAGAGACUGGACUCUGAGGGUUUUCCUUCUCCCAGUGAGGACUGCUCCCCAGACCAGCAGCCUCCCAGCCCCACCUCUACCGGCCUACAAGCCUUUCCAAUCCGAAAUAUUGCUGAGGAACUGGACCCAACCUUCAAGGCCAAGAGGCAGAGCAAAGACAGCCUCCGCGAGGGACAGACCAUCUCAGGUAGCUCCCCAGCCUGUCAGUCACCUCCCGUCCCUCACUCUGGUCGACACGACUUCCUGGAGGAGCCUGCCUUCAUCCCGCCCACCAAGCGGCACAGUGACAAAUCAGGAUGCAUUAAACCCAAAGAAAAGAAGAACUGCAAGCAGCAGUGACAGGAGAACCUCGAAGCACAAUGAUCAUCUUUAGAGAACAGCUCUACUAAACAGCCAGUCCACCACUCUGGCUGGCGGCAGUUAGACUUUCUCUGCUGAAGACCUAUCUCACUUAGAUGUCCCAAGUAGCACUUUAAAUGAACUUUAAAAUUGAUUAACUGGUUUACAAAUCAUAGCAUGUACUGUAGCUCUGGUUAGGGCUCCUAAUCCAGUAGUGUUCAAAAGGGAACAAUGACAGUUGAACUGACCAUGGAUCUUCAGACCAUGGUGUUUGUGAGAGAACAUUGAUGUCAAUCACUACCAGUUGUGUUAAUUACUUUUAUUUGUUGUUUGGGAGACAUGGGAGAUACUCUGCUUCACUCUUGGCUGCACAGCACGCUUCUAAGCACUCCAGAUGAUGGGCCUAUACAGUGCAAACAGUCCCCCUGUUUGUCUGUCAGAAAACAGACAGGUCAGACAGGCAUCCAGUAUACUAACCAUGUCAUAUAAUACCCAUGCAUGCUAUCGUAGAGAUUUACUUCACUGAAGUGACAAGCUAAAACAGGCCCCUAUUUCACUUUCGUAUGUGAUCAGAUGUGCUGUAAUUAUAAAUAAUGACUCGGGACUGUAAAUAUUCUUGUAUGCCUCUAGAAACUGCAGCGUUUCCACAACUCAUCAUGCAAGUACAGUAACAUGAAUCAUUUACAGCUCACUAAUAACUGUUUUGCGCGAGCUACAACUUCAGAUACUGCUUGAGACACUGAGACAAUAAAGAGAGAUACUUGAGAUUCUGACACAAAAAA